AUGAAGUUACCUACUGUCCUGCUCUUCAUCGCUUCGUUCACACUCGCGCACCCAAAGUCUCCGCAGCCUCUUUCAUGGACAAUCACACCGACCAACAGUACACAGCAAUUUCGCGGUCUUUCGCCUGUUAAUGACAAGGUCGUCUGGGUAGCAGGCACUGUCCUACGUACCAUCAAUUCAGGUGUAACAUGGAUGAAUGCGUCCCCAAGAUUUGCCGCCUCGGAGAAUGUAUCAGACUUUCAGUUCCGCGACAUUCAAGCCUUUUCCAAGAACACCGCCGUCGCCUUGUCCAUUGGAGAAGGGAAUCUAUCCCGAAUUUAUAUGACGAAAGAUGGUGGAAGGAACUGGAAACCAACGUUCAUUAAUGAGGAAGAAGCAGCAUUCUACGAUUGUAUGGCGUUCGAGACGAAGAAAGGAAGAAAAGGCCAUGGUGUUGCGAUGAGCGACCCUGUGGGAGGCAAGUUCCGGUUGCUGGAGACGUGGGACGGUGGUGCUCAUUGGUCCAUCGUUUCGAACAACACGAUGCCGCCAGCGCUGGAAGGCGAAUUUGGCUUCGCGGCUAGUGGAACAUGUAUUGAAGCUGCGGCGGGUCGAUGGUAUAUCGCGACUGGAGGUGUUGAUCCGGGUCAUAUCUUUUACACCAGUUCCAGCAGUGUCCGUCAAGGCUGGCAAGUCGCCAACUCAACCAUCUCUGGUGGCGCAGCGGCCGGAGUGUUCUCUGUACGUUUCCGCGACACGCGGUAUGGCGUCGCGGUCGGCGGCGACUACGAGCAGCCUACAGCUAGCAAUAAUACGGCAGCUUGGUCGAGUAAUGGCGGCGUAAGCUGGCGGAAGGCUGACACGUUUCCACGAGGGUAUAGAUCGGGUGUCAGUUGGGUCCCUGGAAGGAGACAAGUAGCUAUCGCGGUGGGUACAAGUGGUUCAGACUUCACUGUUGACGGAGGGAGGAACUGGGCGGGUAUAGGUAAUGGGACGUUCGAUGCCGUAGAGUGCAUUGGGAAGGACGUUUGCUGGGCCAGCGGGUCUGGCGGACGGGUCGCAAAGUUGAACCUACGGGCGCUGUAA